AUGGAGACAGAGGACUUCAUGAAAUCCCUACACGGUUGUCAGUUUUUCUCCAAAAUCGAUCUGCCAUAUGCCUAUCUUCAAAUUCCAUUACAUCCAGAUUUGCGGGGAUUUACGACGAUCAAUACACCGUGGAGAUUGUUCCAGUACAAUUUCCUCCCGUUCGGUUUGCAUGUAUCAUCCGGAAUCUUCCAGUCCACAAUAGACAAUGUUUUGUCUAAGUUACGCGAUGUUCUGACAUAUCAGGACCAUGUGAAGAUGUUUGGAACAAAGAAGGAAGCACAUGAUAACAAUUUGAAGAAAAUUCUCGAACGAUUCAUGGGGAAAAAUGUGCGCAUCAAAUCAUCUAAGUGCAUGUUUGGAAUGAUGGAGUUGGAGUUCCUGGGAUUUACCGUCUGUUCCAAAGUAUAUCGACCGGAUCCGAACCGAUUCAAACUUCUGGUGAAUAUCAAAUCCCCAAAAGAUCAAAAUCUUCUACGAUCGAUUAUGGGAUGCUUUCGGUAUUAUUCACGAUUUAUUCCUAAUUUCGCCACCGGGGCCCAUCCGUUGUUUGUCACGUAA